UCUACUUUCCCGCACUUGUAUCGUAAUGUACUAUAAAAGAAAUUUUUUUUUAGAAAAACCAAAAGGGCAUAGUUUGAGUUAUUAGCAUAUUGUGAGGAUGCAGAUGUAGAUACAUCAAGUAGUAUGGUGUUUAAUACCAUAGUUUGGACGAUUUGUUUUUCCUUGCUUAGUGUCUGAUUUGUAACUGUGUUCUUCUACGCGCGCGCGUGUGUUUGUGUGUGUAGCUAUAUGUUUUGAUAUACGUAAGUAUAGGUAAUGAAGCAGUAAACAAAGUUGCACGAGUGAUAAAAAUUAUCCUAUUGCUAUAGAUUGAUUUGUAUAAGUUUUUAAUUAAUUUAAGUGUGAUAUGUAUGCGACACCUUUUAUCACCGUAAACAAUAAGCUUAUAUAAGUUUAAUUUUAAAAUAAUGCAGUGUGUCCAAUAUAGAAGGAUAAAAAUAAUAUAAGUUUAGAUAGCAUAUUAGAAGAAAAUAAGUUAUAAUGAUGUUUAUUUACUUCUGACUUAGUAGAAAUUUAUAUUAAUUUUACAAAAAUGUUGAGCACUGUUUAUAAAAAUGUGCCUUGUGGUGCAACUUUUCAAAAUAAUAUUAGGCAUUUUAACAGAUGGUUAAUAAUUAUGUUUAAUAGAAUUGAUGACUCUCGAGUCAAACAAGUAGGGCCUGAUCGAGCAUGUGCAGAAUGGCUUUUGCGUAACGGUGCAUCAGUUAGAUGGAAAGGUUACAAAAACUAUUUAGAAGAUUAUAAUUUAUUGCCCAAAGAAAGUGAAAAAUUAUACUUACAAGCAGUUGAUGCAACUGAUUCAGCUAUUCAUCAUGAUGGAUUCCCACAUUUUUUUGGAUGUAAAUACGUAGAAGAAGUUAAGCUUGUCAGGUGUAAUUACAUAGAAAAUGAUGCAUUAUCACUCUUAUCAAUUGUCAAAGAUUCACUUCAGAACCUUGAAGUUAUAGAAUGUAAAAAUAUCACUGAUGAAGGUCUUUUACAUCUUAAAAAGUUAAUAAAUUUGAAAAAUCUGAAACUUGGCAAUUUUCCAUAUAUAGAGGAUCAUAAUAAAAUUAAGGAAGAGCUGAGUAAGACAUUGCCAAAUUGUGAAAUUAUUUACAAUGAAGCCAAAUGAUAAUUUAUCAUAUGCCCUUUGGUAUUCUGACAAUAAAUAACUGUAUAAAAUGCUUUAUAUAAAUUUAAAGAAUUUUAAAGUAUAUUAAUUUUUUUUAAUAAUGAAAUAUAAAUGUUACAUGUGUAAAUAAAUAUUUUAAUUCUUCUACUUACAAGUCUUAAAAAAAGUUCAGUUUCA